AUCAAAACUGUAUGUGCACAUGCUUCGGUCCGUUGUAAAUAAUAAUGAUAAAGCUAAAGAGAGUGAACAAAGUGUCCGUGUGGCGACUGACGACCCAACCUACCAAUCAUACGCCUUCCAACCGUCGACAUCUUCAUCUAACAUUAGCUGGUUCGGAGGUCUUCGAACAAAACUCUCACAAUUGAGUCUGUUUCCCGAUUGGAUGUCACAGUUGGGAAUAAAAUCGGACGACGAGAAAAUGGAGACAUCAUCGACAAGUAGCCCACAAAGUGAGCAAUCAAUUGGCGAGUACGAUGAGAGUACACUCGUCUUUAGGCCAGUACAGCUUGAUCAUUUUGGUGGAGCAGGGCAGGAGGAUGAUGGAGAGCAGGUUGAUAUCUGGGAUUUCGGCGCCACAUUUCUCGCCGAUUUGGAUUCGAACCACGUUUGGAAUGAUACAAUAGAACGGCAACACUUUGGCCCUCUGAAAGACCUGAUAACAACUGGAGGAGGAGCAAAUAAGAUAAAUAAUCACAGUUUCAAAACACAUUCCCUACUACAUCCAACAUGGUGCGACAAGUGCGGAGAUUUCAUUUGGGGUAUUCUGAAGGAAGCGCUCAAGUGUGAACAUUGUAACUACACCUGCCAUGCAAGAUGUCGUGACUUAGUGACCCUUGACUGUAGAUCUCCUGGAAGCUCUCUCGCUUCUUCAACUGAAUUUGACUCAAUUUAUCCACAACUUGACGGUACUCUCGGAACCAUUCCAAAAGGUCUUAUUCUUCCACCAGCAAUGAGCUCUAGCACUGGAUCUGAUAAGGAAAACGGCAAUGGAAAUUCAGCAGGGAUUUCAGCAGAGAAUCCAAUUUUUUCCGUGAAAAAUUCCUUUACAUUACCCAAAUCCUUUUCACCAGUUGAUAGUCUCAGGACGAAAGAACCAAGUGCUCCACCAGAGUCCAGAUAUGCCACGUUAAGAGUUGUGGAAAGAUAUGUAAAGGAAGAUACACCAUUUGAGUGGACUGAUGAGUACAAGGAAAUGGAUCUCGAACGGAAAAUCCAUUCCUAUAACUCUUUGGCAAAGGGAAUGGAAAUCACAUUACAUGAGGACGGUGUCAACUUUGGAGGUCACAUUCAUGUCAAUAUGAAUUUGAGCCGACCGAUUAGUGUUGUUCAAGGAGUCAUUCCACCAACUGUUUAUGAUGUUGUGAAUACUGCAAAGUCGACGGCAAAAACCACAUCUUUAAGAACAAUUACUUCAUUUUUCUUACCGAGAAACACUGCAAAAGUGAUAAAUAUCGAUAGCAAGACAACUGCGAGAAAAAUGAUUGUAACACUGCUGAAGAAGUUCCGAGUUGCCGAUAACCCGAGGAAGUUUGCACUUUAUGAGUGCGAACAGAUUACUGAUGAGGCUACAUGUACAUUGAACAGAAAGCUAACGAGAAUAUCUGACGACGCGUGUCCUCUAAAAGUUGUGCUCAAUUGGCAGAGCCCACAUUGUGGCCGAGCUUUGGUGUUGCAGGAAAACGACACUGGUGACAUUCUGUGGGACGCUUUUGAAAUUCCCGAAUUGGAAAACUUCUUGCGAAUUUUGGGAAUGGAGGAGAAGCAGUACGUCUUCCAAACUCAACAGAAAUAUCAACAAUACAGGUAUCAUCUUGAUGCGGAACUCCGUCAACGAGGUCAUUCGGUUCCCGAUGCAGCCGCGCAGCCGAUGGUUCAGACCAAUCCAUUUUUAGAUGAAGAGUUCCUUCGCAACCAGGAUGAGUAUGGAACAUCAGACAGUAUGCUCUUCUCGGGAACAAUCAAGAACGCUAUCAUGGGAGAAGACCCGGACUAUGUGAAUCUCGAGUAUCUCAAGAAACAAAAUAUGGACCAGUCAACGAAUUUGUAAACAUUUCAUAACAAUGUAUUAUUCCAUUCUUUCCUCACUUUGUACGGAUUUCCACAAACUCUACUACAGUUUCAUUUUUGAUGUCACUUUUCUCCCAUCCAAUUGGCUAUAGAAUAAAAUACUUUGUAAUUUAAAUU